GUGGAAGCAGUGGUGACGGAAUUCUGGGGAAUUUUCAGCACGCCUCAUAAUAGCAGCUGUACCCUCGUCACGUCAGUACACAUCUGACAAGCAAUGGAUACACACCAGAACAGCUCGACCCUGAAGGAGGGAUUUUUAGUGAAGCGGGGCCAUAUGGUUUUAAACUGGAAAGCUCGCUGGUUUGUACUUCUGCCUGACAGGCUCAUGUAUUACAAAUAUGAGGGUGGUAAAAAGGAUUCCUCUAAGCGUGGAACGAUUCUUCUGGCUGGUUGUGUGAUCACCAGCCCAUUCCUAGUGCACGAAAACAGGCCGCUGGUGCUGAGACUCCAGACGAACACGUCGGAGGAGUACUUCAUGGAGGCAUCCUCCCGGGAGGAGCGGGACGACUGGGCUGCUUGCAUCACCACCGCGGCGGAGAGGCUCCGCUCCAGCGGUGGUCAGUCCCCAGGCUCUGAGGCCCCAGCCCAGCCACAGCGCAAAGGGUCCAGCUCUCUCAAGCUCCAUAACGUCAACCUCAGUCAGGUGGUGGACUCCAUGUAUGAUGUGCACAGUGGAAUCAAACUGACCAGUCACAUGGAACAGGGCAGUUCAUUCAGCAACUGCUUUUCUGGCUCUGCAGUGGUGGACUGGCUGGUGUUCAUGCAGCUGACUCUGACACGGGUGGAGGCGGUGACGCUGGCCUCUGCUCUCCUGGAGGAGGGCGACAUCAGGCCUGUGGGGGUACGGAGUGUGGAGGCCCUGCGCAAUGUUGCCCUCGGGGAGCAAUUUCUGGAUGAUUCCACAGCCCUCUACAGCUAUUCUGAAAACCUCACGAAGAGGGGGAGCGUGAAAGCAGAGACAUCUCUGUCGGCUGUGGAGCUCAGUGGCAAAGUGCAGAAGAGAGGUUACCUGCUGAAACAGGGUCACAAGAGGAAGAACUGGAAGGUGCGGCUGUUUGUGCUGAGGUCAGAGCCCGGAUACUUACACUACUAUGACCCCAGCAAGGAUGACCUAAGCCCUGUGGGCGGCUUCUCUCUGCGGGGCUGUCUGGUCUCUGCUCUGAACGACAGCGGCGUGCCCUCAGGUGUGAAGGGAAAGGUCCAAGGCAAUCUCUUUAAGAUCAUCACUCAGUCAGACACAGACUACUUCAUCCAGGCCCCAAACAAGCAGGAGAAGAUGGACUGGAUAGAGGCAAUCAGGCAGCUGACAUAAGCUGAUUAUAGACUGUAAUUCAGAACACUGUCCAUUGCCAACCAGCACGGAGCCACCCACAAUUACUUCUAAAGUAGUUUGUUAUCAUUUCAGCUAUUGGAGGAAGAUGUCUGUCACUCUUUUGAACUACUUUAUACUGUCAAUUUUACAGUAAUGAUGACUGCAUUCAAUGAAUGUCACAAGCAAUAUCAUGGCACCUAUAACCACAGUCUAAAACAGACAUUAACAUGUAGGUACCGCCCCGAUUUAAAUUAAAUUGUUCUCUUAAAUGGAAGAAGAAGUUUA